AUGACUUUUAUAGAAUUAUUUUCGUGGAUCAUCGACAAUGUCGAGCAUGAUAUUAUUGCCGACUUCGCUCACCACCAAACUUCCAAGGCGUUGUGGGAUAACCUCGCAAUUACGUUCGAAGGAAAAGCGGAUCCAUAUCAAAUAUACGACCUGGAGGACAAAAUAAUGUAUAUGAGACAAGGAAAUCUCGAUGUCGAAACAUAUUACCGUCGUCUCCACGGACUGUGGAUAAACAUUGAUCGAACUCAGAAGCAACCAGUCACGUGUUGUGACAAGGGGAUCGGGCAAUAUCGACAACACGCAAAUGAUAAACGGCUCAUCAAAUUCCUCACAGGCCUGAACCAAGAGUAUGACCACAUCCGACGGGAGAUCCUCAAGGAGCAGCCGUACCCCUCAGUCGAAGAAGCCUACGGAUGGGUGAAGAAGGAGGCGGCUCGACAAAGGAUCAUGCCACCGGCGUCCGCUCCACCCAUCGGAGACUCCUCUGGCAUUGGGAGUGUCGAUGCAUCAUCGGGGGAAGUAGGCUACGGAUUCGGGGCACAGAGAGACCGACCAAGCAAUCGGGGAAGCCAACAACGACCGCCGCCAGCCGGAAACAACCACCAAACUGCCUGA